ACACCCUCACCUGCGCCCUGAUGCUGCUCAACACCGACCUGCACGGCCAGCGCCUGGGCCGCGCCAUGAGCAGCUCCGAGUUCGUGACCAACCUGAGCGGGAUGAUGGACGGGCAGGACUUCCCCCGGGAGCAGCUCAAGGCUCUGUACGGUUCCAUCCGCAGCCGGAAACUGGAAUGGGCAACGGACGACGAGGACGAGCCCGGGGCCGAUUCCCAAAAAACCAAAAAAGCCCCAAAAUUCCCAAAUCCCGAAAUUCCCCCCGAACUCCUGGGGGAACUCCGGCCCCACCCGAAGGGGGGUCCUGGCCAGGAAGGUCCUGGCAGAGAGCGACGGCAAAAAGGCUCCGUGGGGCCGGCGGGGCUGGAAGCGUUUUAGGGCCGAGCUGCGGGGGCCGCUGCUGGUGCUGCACAGGGACCCCCCCGAGGGCCCCGAGGAGGUUCUGGGGCUGCCCCACGCCCUGGCCCAGCCCCACCCCAAAUACACCAAACGGCCCAACGUGUUCCUGCUGCGCGCCGGCGACCGCCGCGAAGUUCCUGUGCCAGGCACAGAGCCCCCUGGAGCUGUCCCAGUGGGUGUUUGGGAUCAACGUGGCCGCCGCCCUCUGCUCGUCGCCCCCGUUCCCAGCGUGGGG